AUGGUGGCGUCCGGUGCCUCAUCCAAUCGCUCGACGCCAGGCCGGAAAUCUAGUGCACAGUCGCAUGACGGUGGCUCUGGGAGUCCAAAAGAUCAGAGGCUGUCUUGCGAGGAGUGCCAGAAACGCAAGAGCAAAUGCGACAAGCGGGAUCCGUGCUCCAUGUGCCAGUCGCGCGGCAUUGCCUGCACACCAACUUUUUUGGAUCCUCUUAAGCCAAGGAAGCGGCGUUUUCCCGAAAGGGAGCUUCUCGAUCGUAUUCGAAAGUACGAAACCCUGCUCACGAUUGCUGGUAUCGAUAAAGAUGCUUCGCAUCCCACAGAGUUAUCGAGCGUAUCCUUUCGCGCAGCCGACUCCUCGAAGAGGUCACGCAAAAAGUCAAGACAUUCGUCCGCAGACUCAAGCGUAUCAUUCGAUUCACAUCGAGCCGAUCUGAGGGGUCUACCAGCUGUCUCGACAGGCGAAGCUCCUCCAAUAUCGCCGCGCGCCGCCAUCAUCGACUCAAAUAUCGGAGAUCUCGAGUCGAUUCUAGAGACUGUCCCUGAUCUAUCGACACAACCUUCUCGGACGCCUGGGCACCCUGAUUCUGCCCCUUUUUCUUCGUAUUUGUGUACGGCCCGAGCAGUUUUUGACGAUGUUUUCAAUCAAUCGGUUCAAGCAUCAGGCGCCUCUGCCUCGGACACUGCUGUAUCGUCUACACUCGUGAUUCACAAGCACCUCGAUCUCAUGUUCCCGCAAGAUGGCUCCAAGUAUUUCAACCUCGACGAUCACUGCCCUGGCCAGCCGCUUAUCCAUCCUGAGCCGAGCCUCAUGUUUCGAUUGCUGCAUAUCUACGAGCAGAACAUACAUGCUCUCAUUAAGGUGGUCCACAUCCCCACUGUUCGCGAGCGAUUUUGCGAUAUAUCUGCUCAUCCGGACUCAGCCAUGCCUCAUGAUCACGCCGUCUUGUUCGCCAUAUACACCAUCUCCAUCGGUACGCUAACGCCAGAUGAAUGCAAUCGCCUCUUCGGCGAGCAAAAAGCCAAGGCCGUCUGGGAGAAGUAUCGACGCAACACUCAAACCGCUCUCUGCAGAGUCGGGCUCUGGAGAUCUUCGCAUAUUGGAGCCAUCCAAGCCUACAUCCUGUAUCUUUUAACCCUUACUAAGGACGUCGACCCACGCGCUUACGGCAUCUGUUCGGGGAAUGCGGGUAGAAUGAUACAAAGGCUGCUAUCUCUAUACAAUAAGCGGACGACGAAUAGCUCUGCAACUCCACCCAUCAAGGCAGUGGACCAGGAGCUAGGCAUCCGAUUGUGGUGGGAGAUUCUAGCAUGCGACAUGCGAGCCUGUGAAAAGUCGGGCAUAUCAUCAAAUCCCACCUUGGCAACUGCGACGACCGUUCUGCCUCGAAAUGCUUCCGAUGCCGAUUUGGGUCAGCUUAUUGCAACUACGGGACUCGCCCCGCAAGCUUCGCUCGAGCUUCCCAACACCGAAUGCCUCUUUCUGCUGCUUCGAUGUGAGAUUGCCCAGUUCCAACUUCACCCACCGUGGUCGCAACAGCAUCCGGAGCAUCACCUUCGCACUCAUCUCUUCCGCUCUUCGGUCUUCUACAAGCAGCUCAUCGAGUCAAAUGGCAGGUCUAACAACACGUCCAGCUUAGCGUGGCGUUUGUCAGCUGUAGAUGCCUUUGGAAGUUACAUCGCAAAGCGCUACUUUGGCUGUCUGGAGGCCACAUCCAGCACCUUGCUACAAUAUGCGCAACAUCACGCCCGCAUGUGGGUCGAAAAAAUUCGUCUCUUCGUGCAUCUCAGCCAACGUCAUGUAGAGUAUGAUGGCGACAUCAUUCGUAUCUGUACAGCGCAGGUCGAAGAAGCGGCAAAGUUGCUAGGAUCCGAUCGAUUUGUCUGUUUUCAGUGGUACACCUAUCAACAGCUGCCCUUCUUUUCCUUUGUGGUUCUAUUGGACCUCUUGCGUCGUCACACCGUUGGACCAUUGGUGGAUUCAGCUUGGUCAGCGAUCGAGAGCAGCUCAGUCAUUUGGCGGCCAGACAUUAGCGCGAAAAACGCGGAAAACGCGAAAAACGACAAGAACAAAGAUAACGAAGCUGCGAACUCAACGUGUACGUUGCAGAGUGGCACACCAGGUUCACGAAGUAGCACGAAAAACAUAUAUGCAGAAUGGUCCGACGAGAAAGACCACAAUCGGCUGCAAGUGCGUGGUACUAUGCUUGCGGCGCUCAUGGUGGCGGCAUGGGAUAAACGCUCACAGGCGCUUGCCGCGUCUCAGCCUGGUAGUGUUGAAGAGCCGGCCAUCGUGGCUGCUAUGCGCGAGGCUGCUGCCAUGCACAAUCUUCUCCCCUCAUCAUCCAGUGCGACCGCGUCGCAGGGCAAAAGCGGUGCAGCUGCGUCAGGCCAGCGUACGCCACCGCACGUCGAUAGGGGCGUCAACGACGGACCACAGGACGAAGCGCAGUGGACGGAAGCUGCAGGCGAUCUUGGUGCGUUUACCGCUUUCCUUGACCCUUCUCUAGGUACAACCGGAUCGGCGCUCGAUGACAUGCUCAAUCUCAAUUCCCUAUUGCAGUCAAGUGUCGACCUCGACUGGAGUGGAUGGUUCAAUCAAAGUUGGGGCUCGACACCUGGUGCCAAUGCGCAAACGUCACCCGCGAACUUCAUACCCUCACUGUGA